UAUGUCGAGAGACAACAAAAAACCGAAAGGACGUAGUUUGCGCUAUUGUCGGAAAAAUAAUCAUAGACGCCCAUACUUCUAUUUGCGCGGAAUCUCAGUGUAGGAUAUUUUACGACGCGAGUGCAAGUGAAAUCGGCACUGUGGCUAAAGUGACCCCGUACCCCAAUAUGACAUAUUCCGGAAGGAAUAAAUUUGAUUCGUUUCAGAUCAUCCGGUCAUCCGGGGAGGAUGACAACCACAUAAACAAGAAGCUGCCGAAGGAGCUGCUCCUCAGGAUACUGUCCUACCUCGAUGUGGUCUCUCUGUGCAGAUGUGCUCAGGUAUCGAAGCUAUGGAACGUCCUGGCUUUGGACGGCUCAAACUGGCAGAGAAUAGACCUAUUUGAAUUUCAGACUGAUGUUGAGGGCCCUGUCAUAGACAACAUAUCACACAGAUGUGGCGGGUUCCUCAGGCAACUGUCGCUGAGGGGCUGCGAGAGUAUAGGCGAUGGAUCUAUGAAGACACUCGCACAGUCGUGUCCGAAUAUCGAAGAUUUGAACCUGAACAAAUGCAAGAAGGUCACAGAUCAGACGUGUCAAGCGCUCGGCAGGAGGUGUAGCAAGUUGCAGAGAAUAAACCUGGAUUCGUGCCCUAGUAUAACGGAUAUAUCGUUAAAGUCGUUAUCAGACGGGUGCCCAAUGUUGACACACGUCAACGUGUCCUGGUGUCAGUCGGUGACUGAGAACGGCGUGGAGGCUCUGGCCAGGUCGUGUCCGAAAUUGAAGAGUUUCAUUUGUAGAGGUUGCAAAAACGUGAACGACCGAGCCGUGUCGUGCCUAGCCACUUACUGUCCCGACUUGCAAGUCCUCAAUGUGCAAGGAUGCGAUACUUUGACGGACGAAUCGAUAGCGAAGUUGGGGCCGGCAAUGAGGCGUCUAUGCGUUUCAGGCUGCAGUAACCUGACAGACGCCUCUCUCCAGGCCUUGGCCGUCCACUGUCCAGAUCUGCAGACCUUGGAGCUGGCCUCGUGCGGGCAGCUCACUGACAGCGGCUUCCAGGCUUUGGCCAGGAGUUGUAGACUGCUAGAACGAAUGGAUUUAGAAGAGUGCGUUCUGAUAACGGACGCUACGCUUGUGCAUUUGGCAAUGGGCUGCCCGCUGUUAGAGAAAUUGACGCUAUCGCACUGUGAACUGAUAACGGACUUUGGCAUAAAACAGCUGUCAAUGGCGCCGUGCGCCGCAAAACACCUCACAGUUUUAGGUCUAGACAAUUGUCCACUAGUGACAGAUGGGGCUUUAGAACAUUUGGCGGCGUGCGAGAAACUACAACUCAUCGAGCUAUACGACUGUCAGCUGGUCACCAGGCACGCUAUAAGGAAGUUGAGGGGCCACCUGCCCAACAUCAAGGUGCACGCGUACUUCGCGCCCGUGACGCCGCCCGCCGCGCGCGCCGCCGCGCCGCGCUACUGCCGCUGCUGCAACAUCAUAUGAUGAGAUCGCGACUCGAAUACGUCGACUCGCCGUUCCCGAAAAUCGCAUUUAAAUUUUACAUUCGCGUUGAUAAGAGUGAGCGGAUAUUAUGACUGCCAUAUUGAGUCACUAGAUUGUACUUUAGUACGCAUAUUCCCGCGGGAAUUCUGGGAAUGCCCCCCCUUGUUUCCUCCACCGCUUGAAGACUAGCGCUUUGGAAGCGGUAGUGACACCUUUAGUAAUGUAUAACGGUCAAUAUGUUAUGUUUUCUAUCCUUUAUAUGUAUAUUAUAUAUAGAUUGACUUAUAUAUAUAUAUAUAUAUAUAUAU